UAUUAUUGUUAUGUUAUUAUACUCUCUUCGGUGAUGUGAACUCCCUUUCUUCUUUCUUCCACUCUUAGCGUGUAUCUAUAUCUGCAUGUCACUACUAAUUAAUAUAGAUUUGAAUGCCCUGAAAGUUCCAUUAAUUUGGUUUAUCUUCAUACUUUCUAGACCAUGCAUCCUCAAUUGAGUAUCUUGACUUUUUCUGUUGAGAUUCUUCCUAAGUUUAUCGCUUUCCCUUAGAUUUUGAAUAGCCCCACUAAAUCUUUUAUUACAUUUCCUUUCACAGAUAUUCUUGUGAUGACAAUUUUUCAACUUUAUGUGAGAUGGUUGUUAAUUGGGUAGAUCAAGAAUUAGCAUAGACUGAUAAGUAAAUGGAACCUUCUUUGCUAAUUUGGCAGGAAGGAGCAAAACAGCUGAGCAGUGCAACUUGCAAUUUUAUGCUUUUGGAUUGCAAAAGAAUUAUAUCUCAAUCUUAAUUUUGGGACUGAGCUGUUAUCUCAAUACAGAAUCAAAUUCAACAAUAAGAGUUUAUAAGUGAUUUGUUGGAUGAGCAGGAAGUUUCUUUAAUUUAGCAGUGAAAAGAUGGAUAGGGUAGAAAGGUCCCUUGUGGAGUUUCUGAUGGGAGGAGGAGAGUCUUCAGUAGGGACUACUAAGAUAGCAGUUUUACCCAUAGCAAAAGUAUUUACCAUUUGUUUUAUGGGAUUUCUCAUGGCUUCCAACUAUGUUAAUAUCCUGCCACCAAAUGGAAGGAAGCUUUUAAAUGGGUUUUGUAUUGUUUCCAAGUUGAUUUCUCAUAUGGUCACUCAAUUAAUAGUUAUUAUCUCAGAGAUGACUUUCUUUGUGGAAGGAAAUCUGAAUAAAAAAGAAAGGAGACUUCUUGAGAUAAUAAUUUUUAGUUGAGUGACCAUCUGAGACAUUAAUCCUACUUUUUCCUGCACAUGACUUAGAUGCAGACUCCGCAUUUUUUUUAAUUGAUAGUUGUGAUGUACAUAUAUUUGAUCUCCAAUGGAUGGUCUGAUGCAGUUGGUGUUCUCAUCUUUCAUGUUGCAAUAUGCAUGAAAGUUCACAUUUAAGCUUGCAAAAAGUUUGUUAUUCUAGUUGUAUGCGUUGGCGUCUAAAAUUGAUUUCAUGAUUAGAUGGAUUAUGAAUUUUUACACUUAUGAUGCAGGGAAUAUUGGAAAUGUACCACUGGUCCUGAUUACUGCUUUAUGUCGAGAUAAAUCAAAUCCUUUUGGUGACUAUGUGAUAUGUUCUGGAGAUGGAAAUGCAUACAUCUCAUUUGGCCAGUGGGCUGGUGCAAUUGUCCUCUACACCUAUGUAUUUCAUAUGCUCACACCUCCUCCUGAAGGUACCUUUGAUGUUGAAGAUGGAAAUCUUCACAUCACGAGCCAUCCAACGGGUAGUUCUGCAGAGCAAGUUCCAUUACUUACAGCAGAGGCAGCACCAGCUGGCCCUAGUGCUUCAAAGGAACAUAUGAUUAAAGUUUUCUUUAAAUUUCUCUAUGAGAAACUGAAACUCAAGCAACUCAUUCAACCUGCCAUUAUUGCUUCUGUAAGUUCAAUAUGUUGGAAUCGACAGACAUGAAGAUUUCUCUUCUUUCCAUUGGCGUCAUUUUGGACCAGGAACAGGAAGUGCAGAGCUUGGUCUCAAGACAACUGCUGCCAUUAUUUUUGGGCGGCUGGCGUUGGUUCCUCCAACUGGGCUUGGCAUAGUUACUUUAGCUGAUAGGCUUGGCUUCCUUCCCCCUGGUGAUAAAAUGUUCAGAUUUGUUCUACUUCUUCAACAUACAAUGCCCACGCCUGUACUUUCUUGUAACAAUAGUUUCUUUAUAAUGAGACCUGUGGUGACAAGUAAAAUUCCCACCAUUAUUUUUGUGUGCGUUUAUUUGUAUGCUGAGUUUGAUUAUUUCUGGUCUGGUAGGUGCUGUUGCCAACUUGAGAGGAUGUGGAAAGGAGGCAGCUUCUAUCUUGUUCUGGGUUCAUAUCUUUGCUGUCUUCUCUAUGGCUGGAUGGAUCACUGUCUAUCUCAACAUACUCUUUUGAGUCAGAAUCAGUAGUGUUGCAACAGAAGCAAUGGAAGGAUCUUGAUGGAGAAAUUUUAUUCCUCUUCCAAGAUUGUGCCACCCUGUCCAAACUUGCAGCUCUUUGCUCAUUAUGUGCCAUCAUUAUUAAUAGAUGUAUUCAUUAUGUAGGUAGACCAGGCUACAGGUAUAAAUAAUUAUUGAUAGUGAAGUAUUGAUCCUUA